UCAGAAGCGGGAUGUCGACUCUUUGGAGAUUGAGUGUCAUUUGCAGUGCCCAAGGAGGCCGAGCUCUGUUUCUUCGAGCUCCAGUGGUGAGACCUGCUCAUGUCUCAGCAUUUCUCCAGGAUGGGCCUACCCCAGGAUGGUGGGGAGCACAGCACAUUCACCUCUCACCCAGCCGCCAUUCUGGUUCCAAGGCUGCAUCUCUCCACUGGACCAGUGAGAGGGUUGUCAGUGUUUUGCUCCUGGGCCUGCUUCCAGCUGCUUAUUUGAAUCCUUCCUCCGUGAUGGACUACUCCCUGGCUGCAGCCCUCACUCUCCAUAGUCACUGGGGCCUUGGACAAGUUAUUACUGACUAUGUUCAUGGAGAUGCUUCACAGAAAGCUGCUAAGGCAGGCCUUUUGGCACUCUCAGCUCUAACCUUUGCUGGGCUUUGUUAUUUCAACUAUCAUGAUGUGGGCAUCUGUAAAGCUGUUGCCAUGCUGUGGAAGCUCUGACCUUUUUGACUUAAUACUUUAAGAAUUGAUUGUAUGCCUCUUUGCCUCUGCUCUGUCAUGCCAUUCAACUCACAAUAAGGAAAUAGCAGAUAAAUCCGUUGGUGGACAAACCUCUUCUAAUCACAUGGUUAUUUUCAGAAUUUAAUCUUUGAGGAAAAGGUCUGAGAGGAAUUAUUUCCAAGAAAUUGUGAGA